AAAGACAGACAGACACGUACAGACGAAAGGAAGGAUGGAUGGAUGGUCAGACGGACCGAUGGAUGGAAGGAUGGAUGAACAGAGGGAUGAAAGACUUACACGUACGGACAUAUGGAUGGAUAGAAGCAAGGAUGGAUGGAAGGAAGGAUGAAGAGAGGGAAAGAUGGAUGGAAGAAUGAAGGGAAGGAAAGAUGGACAGAGAGACCAAUAGGUGGAUGGAAGGAAAAUAGAAUGUUGCCAUAUAAACAUUGUACCCAGUUGAGUUGGAGCUGUUAAAAUUGCGGACUGUCAAAUCAAACCCCAAUAAUGUCUGAGGUUUCACAUAUGUUUAGUAUUAUAGCAAAUAAAUGCUGUUUUUAAUUUGAUUUUUAUUUUCUAAUCAUAUAAAGUCAACUAUUAUAAAUGUAUUUAACAUUUUGUUUUAUGUUGUUCAACAGCGUCCUCUGCUGAUUACCCAUAAUCCCUCGCUCCUUACACUCCUUACAAAGUCACGGCUCCUAAACGACCCCCGAAUACAACUUUGCCGGAGCAGAAACGACUAUGCACCACUAACUGUGUCGUUUUCUCCCCGUCCGGACCCCGAAACAGCCGCGUCGGUCGGUCGUUCGGUCGGGGCUCCGGCAAACAGGGGUGUGUUUGCUCUGCUCCCACAUUGGCUCGCGGCUUGUCAACGUCCGAGUCACGUGGUGCCACAGGGGCGGCCAUGUUUCCGAAACACAAACAACAAGAGGAGCAGCGAUUGGGAGCUAGCAGACACAAACUGAUACGCAGCAGCGACCGUUGGAGGCGAAGGGGGAAAGAAUAAUAAAUAUAAGACACAGAGCACGACUUUCUAAAAAGCGAUUUUUCUGUCUAAUGAAUACGUUUACAGUGUUUAAAGAGACCAAUGCAUACUGAUAUCUUGGCUGUAGACGCGCCGAGACGAGCAGUCUGGUAGCUACAAACAGAAGUGGUGCAGAGGGAGGAGGACCGGACUGAACGGAGUUACCUGGAGGUUCUCCAUCCAUCCACAUAUCGGCAGGAGUGGGAGAGGAGGACAUUGGGCGGGGGAAAGAGGCAGAGCGGAGGAGCCAGUCGCGUCUGCUUUUGGCAGCUGUUCCAGCAGCCGCUCGGCUGUUGUGUUUUUUUUUUUUUCUUCUUGUAUAUUUUGUUUCUGCGUCGCUUUUUCUGUUUGUAUUUUUAACUGCUGUAAGACAAAAAGAACAAAAACAACAUUAUUUCAAGAGUGUUUUAGGUGUUUUUUUUUUUUUUUUCAUCGUUGAUUUCCGGAGUUCUUUUUUUGUUUUUUAUUUGUCUUUUUAUGUUUUAAAUGUUUUCGUGGCUGUGAGUAGCAGGAGCUUCCAUUCGGCUAUAGCUAGCGUAGCUGAGAGCCCUUCCUUAACCUCGUUAGGUUCAGAUAACCUGGUAUUCCUCAAGCACCUGAAACUGGCAGCUAUUCUCUUUGUAUCGGUGUGUUUGGGGAGCUCUGUGACCACAGCUUAAGCACCACUCAGCCUUUCUAGUCACCUAAGCCUAACUAAAGCCAGCCAGCUCUAGCCUGGUCCAGCCCGGUCCAGCCCAGUCCAGCCUGCUCCGAUUAUCUGGACAGGAUACUCAGUUCUGAUUGGACGGGAGGAAUAUGACUGCUGAGACUCUUAACUUCGGCCCAGAAUGUGACGUCUCCCCCUCCUUCCCCCGCCAUGCCAAAGUACAAGCUGGCCGAGUACCGCUACGGCCGAGAGGAGAUGUUAGCACUUUAUGUCAAAGACAACAAGGUCCCAGAGGACAUGCAGGAUAAGGAGUUUGCUGCUAUUCUGCAGGAUGACCCCAUGCAGCCGCUGGCACUGGUGCCUCUCACGGAGGAAGAGCAGAGGAACUUCUCCAUGUCUGUGAACAGUGUGGCAGUGCUGAGGCUCAUGGGAAAAGGCGUGGGAGGGACCACCUCCGCUGGAGUGGCCCGCGGACGAGGGGCCACGCGAGGCGGGCGAGGUCGAGGUCGUGGAGAAGGAGGAUUCUACCAAAGAAGUAUUGAAGAGUCGGAGGUGGGUUUCGGUCGGAGCGUCCGCGAGAUCCACCGCAGUCAGAGCUGGGACGACCGAGGGAACGGUCGCUUCGAGAAGCCUCUGCGACGGGAGGCGGGGCGUCCCGGCUUUGAGGAGGCUGGAGGUCCCGGGGCUCCGGGGAGGAAGGACUACACCAGGGCCGACAGCGACAACUGGCGCACCCUCCGUGAGGAGCAGGAGGAGGACGAGGGGGAGCCGGGCACCACCUGGAGGCACGGCGGGCCCCGCAGGGACGAUGGUGGUCCGCGCUCAGCAGGCUGGCGGGACCACAGCGGUCCGGGCGAAAGUCGCAGGAGGAAGUUCGACUUCGACUUCCGGGACUCUGAGGGUCACGGCGCUGGGCGCCGGCGAGCGGGGAGUGAGGGGAUCGAGGACGACCGAGACGGUCUGCCGGAGUGGUGCACGGAGGACGCGGAGGAGGACGGAGAGAUGGGCACCUUCGACUCCUCGGGGGCUUUCAUGCCCUUGAAGAAAGGCGGGAAGGACACAAUCCUGGAGGAUGAGCUGGAGUUUAAGGGCAUCGAGGAGGAGGAGGAGGAUGAGGAAGACGGUUUUCCUGACGCAGAGAAGAACACAGAAGGAGACAAAGACAAAGCGAUUCCUCAGUUUUCCCUCCCGGAGAGUAAAGACGUCUCGUUGGUGGACGACAAGACGAAGCCAGUUUCAGUCUCCUCCUCUUCCUCUCUUCCGACUCACUGCGCUCCUCCGUCUCUGGAGCCUCAGCCGGCGCCUCAGGUGGUGGACAACAGUCAGCUGAGCAACAGCCACUCUGUCAAGAGCAACAGCACACCUCAUGAGGACUUGGCUCCCAUCGGGGUCUCCAAACCCCAGCUGAGUCCCGGCUCCUCCUCCUCCUCCUCCUCCUCCUCUGGUCUGCGUCCUCCAGCUCCCUCCUCUGCCGCUGCUGCUCUCCUUCCUCCUACUGGAGGAGACGCUGAGGACGAUGAUGGCAUGAAACACCUGCAGCAGGAGGCGGAGAAGAUGGUAGCAUCGCUGCAGGACACCUCUCUGGAGGAGGAGUGCUUCACCCAGGCGCUGCAGCAGCAGGAGAGCAGGAACACGGCGGCCGCUCUUCCGCUCAGCCACGAGGCGGCCAUGAAGUGGUUCUACAAAGACCCCCAGGGGGAGAUCCAGGGUCCCUUCACCACGGUGGAGAUGUGCGAGUGGUUCCAGGCCGGAUACUUCACCAUGAGCCUGCUGGUGAAGCGGGGCUGCGACGAGGGCUUUCAGCCUUUGGGGGACGUCAUAAAGAUGUGGGGCCGCGUGCCCUUCGCCCCCGGGCCCUCCCCGCCUCCCCUGCUGGUGAGACAGCUCCCACCAACGCAGCGCCCGCAGCCCAACCGGGGGCCCGCCGGGACUGGCAACCUGGACCAGGAGCGCCUGAAGAAACAACAGGAGAUAGCAGCAGCAGCUAUUUAUCAGCAGCUCCAGCAACAGCAGCAGCUUUUCCAGCUCAUUAACAGGUGCAGUGAGCAGGGUAUGAUGCCUUCGAUGAACAGGUCGAUGUCUGUGCCAGAUACAGGGUCCAUGUGGGACAUGCAUACCUCAGCUUCACAGCCGUCAGGCAGUGAAGCCAGUCUUUGGGACAUAACAAUGAAUUCUUCAACUCAGGGUCCAACUCUCGAACAUCUUCAGAAGCUCCAGGAGAGGCGAGACGCCGAACUCAGGGCAAAGCGCGAGGAGGAGGAGCAGCGCAAGCGAAGGGAGGAGAAAAGGAGGCAACAAGAGGAGCAGAAACGAAGGGAGGAAGAGGAGAUCUUCAGGCGCAAGCGCCAGCAGGAGCUGAUCAUGAAGCUGCUGCAGCAGGCCCCCCAGCAGGCGGGGGCGGGCAGCUCCAGCUGGAGCGGGGGCUCGUCCGGGCUGUCGAAGGCCGGGAAGUCGACUCUGGCGCUGCUGGAGAUGCAGCAGGAGGCGGAGCGGCUCCUGAAGCAGCAGCGCGCUCAGCAGCAGCGGGAGCGGCACUCGGGCCUGUCCAUGGGGAGCUCCUCCAUGGGGGGGCAGUGGGCGGACGGUGUGGGCAUGUGGGGGGCGCUGGAGUCCAAGAGCGGCAGCGGCGGCUCCUCGAGCAGCAUGGGCUUGUGGGACGAAGCCCUGAAGAACCAGGCUGGCCUGCGCGGGAACAGCAACAACCUGGGCCUGAAGAACAGCCGCAGCAGCCCCUCCCUCAACGAGCAGUACAUGAUGCGGCGGAAGAGGACGGAGGAGGAGGAGAAGCUUCUGAAGCUCCUGCAGGGCAUGAAGCCUCAGGACGGCUUCACCACCUGGUGUGAGCAGAUGCUGCACGCUCUCAACAGCUCCGCCAACAACUCCUCCAGCUCUCUGGACGUUGCCACCAUCGUGGCGUACCUGAAGGAGGUGGAGUCUCCCUAUGCAGUGCUGGAUUUCAUCCGGUCGUACCUUGGGGACACAGUGGAAGCCAAAGAGUUUGCCAAACAGUUUCUGGAGCGCCGUGCCAAACAGAAAGCCAACCAACAGAGGCAACAGCAGCAGCAGUUGUCGAAGGAUGUGGGGGGGCUGAACAUGAACUUCCCUCUGCAGGACUCGAUGCGAGGUAUGAACCCGAGCACCCUGCAGUCCGUGUUCCAGUCCAACCACAUGGGGAAGGCUGGUCUCUAUGACAACCAGGGAGGAAAGAUGAAGAAGAAACCGCCCAUGAUGCUGCACUCUGACCCCAGCAUCUUAGGGUACUCAUUCCCCAACACGGGCGAGUGUCUGAGCCUGAACGAGAUGGAGAUGGUGGAGGAUUACUGAUGUGAAGCAGCGCAGCAGCAAUAGCUACCUGAGGCCUUUUCUGUCUUUUAAUCAGACAAACCUGAUGACGAAUGUGCACUGCUGGGGGAAACCGGGGAGGGGUCGGGAGGGGAGCGCGCACGAGGGUGGGGGUUGGGGAGGGGGCUCCCUCUCGCCCCCCGGUGGGUGGAGGACAAGGGCUCCCUGCUGCACCCGUUGAUCACUAUAGCAGGGGAGAGGGUGGCGGGCGGCUUCCUCCGGCACUCAAAACGUUUAAGCACCUUAUUCUGAACUAAUGCACUUUAUUGAGAUCGGAUUCGAACCGUUUGAUUGACAGGUGGAGGUGGGCGGAGUCACGGGCGGAGUUUGUUUUUUUGUUCACAGUCAGGGGGACCUUUAGUUGAAACCAGAGAGCGAAUCCUUUCUCAAAAGACAAACACUGUUGAUAUUUCUCUUUUUUGAGCUUUUUUUUUUUUAAAAAAAAAAAAAAAGUUAAAGACGGACAGCGUUUUGUAAAUGUUAGCCUUGUUCUCAUCACAACCGCCACUCGUAGUGUUUUUAAACAGGUGAGGCCCCGCCCCCUCACCCCGCGCAGAGGGGGGGGUCACUUCCUGCUCGUAAACAGACUCCAGGUACUCAUCCAGCGAACAUGUGCUUUGUUUUGGUGUGAAUGCACAUCUGUGCCUAAGAACUCUGAUCGGGUGCAUGGCCAUCGAGACAUUAACUCUUUCUGAGAGUGUGUGUGUUUGUGUGUUUGUGUGCUCAGCACAUUGUGUGUCAGUUUAAGGGGGGGUCCAUCUGAAGGUUUUUUUUUUUUUUUUUUUUUUUUUUUUCCUGAGGCGGGAUUCAUCGGCGUCUUGUGAAAACGUUUCUGACUCUAGGAGAAAAAAAUAUAUAGAAAUGGCGGCGUCCUGGUGUGUGAACGCACACAACGGAAGCCUAUUGUGUUACUUAUUCGUUGUUGCAAUUUGAUAAUGACGAGUUUUUGGUUUUUUUUUAUGAAAAAUAUAUAUGAAUAUAUACAUUAUAUACAAAGUUUAAAAGUAUUUGGACUAAGAUGAUGAGCACUUGGGGCUGCUAUUUUUUGUGUGUUUUAAUUUUUUUCUUAAUUUUUUUGCCAUGUGAAGUGUGUACUUUUUUUUUCUUAAAAUAUUGAAUGUAUUCCAAAAAAAAGACAAGAAAUCCAUGCUGAUAACUGAUUUUUUUUUUUUUUUUGUUUUUCCUUCGGAAGAUUUCAAAAGUGGAAAUAUACACAAAAAAAGUUUCAAAG